AUGAGGGAAAUCGUCCACAUCCAGGCCGGGCAAUGCGGAAACCAGAUCGGAGCUAAGUUCUGGGAGGUGAUCUCCGACGAGCAUGGCAUCGACCCUACAGGCGCCUACCAGGGCGACUCCGACCUACAGCUGGAGCGCAUCAAUGUUUACUACAACGAGGCGUCGGGCGGCAAGUACGUGCCCCGCGCCGUGCUGGUGGACCUCGAGCCCGGCACCAUGGACUCGGUGCGCUCAGGGCCCUUCGGACAGAUUUUCAGACCAGACAACUUUGUAUUCGGCCAAUCCGGAGCAGGCAACAACUGGGCCAAAGGUCAUUACACCGAAGGAGCAGAACUCGUGGAUUCCGUGCUUGACGUAGUCAGGAAAGAGGCAGAAGGCUGCGACUGCCUCCAAGGCUUUCAACUCACUCAUUCAUUAGGAGGUGGCACCGGAUCCGGCAUGGGGACUUUACUGAUAUCCAAGAUCAGGGAAGAGUAUCCAGACCGCAUAAUGAACACAUUUUCGGUUGUCCCUAGUCCUAAAGUAUCUGACACAGUCGUAGAACCGUACAAUGCCACGUUAUCUGUGCACCAACUGGUCGAGAACACUGACGAGACUUACUGUAUAGACAACGAAGCGCUAUACGACAUCUGUUUCCGUACGUUGAAGUUGUCGACACCGACGUAUGGCGACUUGAACCAUUUGGUGUCAGCCACGAUGUCUGGAGUGACGACUUGUCUACGGUUCCCUGGGCAGCUGAAUGCGGACCUGCGCAAGUUGGCAGUCAAUAUGGUGCCGUUUCCGCGCUUGCACUUCUUUAUGCCAGGAUUCGCGCCGCUGACGUCGCGCGGCAGCCAGCAGUACCGCGCGCUUUCUGUCCCCGAGCUGACGCAGCAGAUGUUCGACGCGAAGAAUAUGAUGGCGGCUUGCGACCCGCGUCACGGUCGCUACCUUACAGUCGCUGCCGUCUUCCGCGGUCGCAUGUCCAUGAAGGAGGUGGACGAACAAAUGCUCAACAUUCAAAACAAGAAUAGCAGUUACUUCGUUGAAUGGAUUCCGAAUAACGUGAAGACUGCCGUGUGCGAUAUCCCGCCUCGGGGCCUGAAGAUGUCCGCUACGUUUAUAGGGAACACUACGGCGAUUCAAGAGUUGUUCAAAAGGAUUUCUGAGCAGUUUACAGCGAUGUUCAGGCGGAAAGCUUUCCUCCACUGGUACACUGGGGAAGGUAUGGACGAGAUGGAGUUCACAGAGGCGGAAAGCAACAUGAACGACCUGGUGUCCGAGUACCAGCAGUACCAGGACGCCACGGCAGACGACGAGGGGGAGUUCGACGAGGAGGUGGAAGAAGAGUGA